AGUAGUCGUUGACGUCGCACGAAUAACCGCAGCCGCUAGGUUUUAGCGUACGCGUCGGCAAUCGACAUAAGGAAUUACCCCUUCAUUCUCCCCUUAUCUCAUCUUGCCUUUUCAUUUGCGUCAUUUCUGCCGCCGCACCCCAGCCAAUUUAGGACGCUCAGGGACCGGACCAACAGGAGCGUUGAUGGAAGAUGAUGCAAUUAUGAAGGGAGACAAACUUAUAUUGAGGGGGUUGAAGUUCCAUGGAUAUCAUGGGGUGAAGGCAGAAGAAAGGAAGCUGGGUCAGAAGUUCUUGGUGGAUGUUGAUGCAUGGAUGGACCUCCUGCCUGCUGGUAAAUCUGAUAAUUUGUCAGAUACAGUGAGUUACACUGAUAUUUACCGAAUAGUAAAAGAAACUGUGGAAGGGCCUGCUCAGAAUCUUCUGGAGUCAGUGGCUCAACUCAUUGCGUCUACCACUUUUACAAAGCAUCCCCAGAUAUCGGCCGUUCGUGUGAAAGUUGGAAAACCUCAUGUGGCUGUUCCUGGUUCUGUUGACUACUUAGGCGUUGAGAUUCUCAGGCACAGAAGUGUUGACAUACCAAACCGUGCUGCUUAGUCAAGAUGCUUUGAAAUAAGGUUUCUGAAUAAUUAUCUGAAUGUCGAACUUAUGCUCUGGCGUAUAGAGUAAUGCUAAGUAUAAAUUUCAAAUAGACAAGUUUCAUACAAGUUUUUUGUAAAAAAAGUGGGUCCCACUAAUAAAGAAUAAUUUUUUUUAAGUGAGGUCUACUUUUUUACAAGGACUUGUAUGGGACUUGUACAAGUCAUUUUCUCUCACACACAAACACAUAUGCUUGGGAUAUGGAGUAGGCUUCAAAUUGAAAUGCCAAAUUACUCGGCGAAAGCAUGAGUUUUGCAUUUGCAUACCCAGCUCUGCAAAAAAAAAAA